GGGUGUGUCUUAUACAUUUAGUGCCUCAAGGAAGUACAAGUCAAAUUAUCUUUUUACAGUAGUGUGAGCACAAGACAGAGUUUGUAGAUGAGUUUUCUUUGAUUUCAGCUGUCUGAGGAGAUUAUUUCAUCACUCGCGCGCUGGAUUUCAACCACCUGAUCUAAGCGCAGAGGGAGGACAGAGCGUUUGAGCAGAAGAGGAAGAGUGAACGAGAGAAAAGCCAGACAUGGAGGCGUUCAGCUCCAAGGACAUGGCGCUCAAGGCCCAGAAAAAGAUCCUGAGCCAAAUGGCCAACAAGUCUGUGGUGCAGAUGUUCAUCGAUGAUACCAGCAGCGAGAUUCUAGAUGAGCUUUACCGUGUGUCAAAGGAGUACACUGGGAACCGCUCAGAGGCCCAGAAAGUGGUGAAAGACCUCAUUAAAGUGGUGGUGAAGAUAGCUGUCCUUUUCAGGCACAAUCGAUUCAAUGAUGAGGAGCUAAAGCUGGCCCAGAAUUUCCAAAAGAAAUUGCACCAGGGAGCCAUGACAGCCAUCAGCUUCCACGAGGUAGAUUUCACCUUUGACAAAGCAGUAAUGUCAGAGAUCCUGAAAGAAAGUAGGGACAUGCUUCUGAAGCUUGUAAACACUCAUCUCACACCAAAAUCUCACAGACGCAUCAACCACGUCUUCAACCAUUACGCUGACCCCGAGCUCCUCACCCAGCUUUACAACACAUCCGGGCCUCUCAAACACCACCUCACCAAAAUCUGCAACGGGCUUAACAAACUGCUGGAGGACGGGACGUUAUGAGGACGGUGAAGCACUGAAAGACUCUUACAGGACUAGCAAGGAAGACCACCUUUUAUCUCAGACUGCAUACAAUGCAACCAAAGAGGCAGAAAGUGACUGACUGAAAGGGUCACACCUCAGUUCAACCCCUGAAAUAGUGUUGAUGUGCAAUUAAUAAAUAUUAGAUCAGUCAGUGGCCUGAUACCGUCAGCACAGCUACUGUUACUGCCUGAGCGAGCGCAGAUCAAAUGUAAAAAUAUCAUCUGAACAAUUUCAGAUAGAAAGGAUAGAGGAUAGAGGUUUUCAAGACUACUUAAUUUUUUAUUAAUGAUGUCUAAACCACUGGGGUUCAACUACUCAACUAAAUUAGAGCACAUUGUAUUGUUCAAAACUGUUAACAUUUUUGAGUUGAUGGUUUACCUCCUAGGACAACAAAAUAACAAGAACUGGGACGCACAAACACAUUUAGAAAGACAUU